UAAGUGCUAGCAAAGGGAUCAAUUUAAGCCGACAGUGUUGUUUUUUAAUUUCACAUUGAUAAAGCUCCGUUUUUAGAAAUUGGCAGACCGCAACGUAAGACAGACCUUACGGAUAUCGUACAUUUGACGACCAGAACUUAUCCUUUCACUUAAAGUCUCAGUUAUCACCAUGCCGAGAGGAGGCAAAAGGGGCCAUAAGGGCCGUGGGAAGCAGUUCAGCAAUCCCGAAGAAAUUGACCGACAGAUGAAAGCUCAGAGGGAAAUGGAGGCAAAUGAGGGGGCUGAACGUGAAAGUGAAUCCGGGUCUGAAGAGGAGAGCAGCAGUGACGAUGAACAACCAAAAAGGAAAGGUGUGGAGGGAAUAAUUGAAAUUGAGAAUCCGAAUCGGGUCUCCCAGAAGAGCAAGAAGGUCUCUGAAAUUGAUGUCAGUGCACCCAAAGAGCUCUCACGUCGGGAAAGGGAGGAGAUCGAAAAGCAGCAAGCUAAGGAGCGGUACAUGAAACUACAUCUAGAGGGGAAGACAGAGCAAGCCAGGGCUGAUCUUGCCAGACUGGCCAUUAUCAAAAAGCAGAGAGAAGACGCAGCAAAAAAGAGAGAUGAGCUAAGAAAAGAAAAAGCAGAAGAGACAAAGUCAAAACGCUAGCCUGACCGCCAUCCUGCUGGACAGGGCAAAACGCUAGCCUGACCGCCAUCCUGCUGGACAGGGCAAAACGCUAGCCUGACCGCCAUCCUGCUGGACAGGGCUUUUCUGGGGAGGGAGGGACGAUACAUUAUUGCUAGAGGAAAUGGCUCAGAGGCUCAGGGGUAUCCAUAUAUGUCAUCCUUCUAUUCCUCAGAAGUUGGAGGGAGAUUGGACAUUUACAUGAAGUGAACCAGGAGGGGUGUAUGGUGUUAGAGCUUGUUGGGUUAUAAUUUUACAACACUGCCAAGCUUCACUCACUGAAUCCCUCUUUUGACACUCUCACUGUGCUCCGACUGUAAAGCUGCUGGAGUUUACUCUUAAUUUUGGCAUUUCUUUGAAAUGAUCACUAUUAGAUUAGAUUGGGAUAUUAUGGAAGAGGUAUAGUUGCAGCUGUACAGACAUGGGCUUUUGUGUUCUGCAGCAGGAAAUGGUUCUAAACCAUGUGGACCAGGUUAUAGUGAGGACCAGUCAAACACGAACCAAACAUUAUGCAUGUAUAGAAUAGGGAUGGGCAUUUUGGUCAUUUGUCUACUCAAGUACUCAGACUAAUUACACAAUCACUAGUGCGUCUUGUUAAUCCAUUGGAUCGUCUAUUUAUUAUUAUAGGCUGUUAUAAAAUAAUCUGUUACAAAAUGUACAAAAGAUUGGACAAUCAAAAUAUAAUGCAUCAUAUUUUGUCAUCAUGUGAAGAUUCGCUGCCCAACUUGAUGAAAGAAUGGGCACAACGCACGUCUGUCUGUUCCUUCAGGUUACUGUAGUAUUCUUAGUAAGCGUGCACCAGUUUUUUUUUUUUUUUUUGUUACUGUCCGAACAGUCCAUUUUCAAAUCGCGGUUGGUUUAACAGGAGACGCCAUAACCAUCGCGUUUUUAAUAUGUGUGUUAAGUUGAAGUUUUAUUUGAAGACGCUGCGUUCUGUUCCAUUUAGCUAUAUAGCUGUUUGAAACACUCGCAGUGGGUUGAGUCCACUGCCACAUUCCUGGUGUGUGGGUGUGUCCCCAAGCGUUCGCUCCUGUGGGAAAGCCGCGUUGCUCUGUAUUGUUGCUGUGAUGAUUCAUUAAGCGUUCCAUUCAACUCAGAGAGUCGGAAUUUCCACUUUUUUUUACUGGGGAAAGUGCUGCGGAAUGACACUGUCGGACUUCUAACUUGGAAACUUGUGCGGAAAUCUUCAAGUCACAUUUAGUCAAGAUGCAGUGUGUGUUACGUCACGCAAACAUUUCGGCACCCAGGGAGGUUUACAGUCAGUGACAAAUUCACUUUUAUUAAAUAAUAUCCAUUAACGAGUCAAAGUUCUUACAUUUAAAUGAUGAUAAAACAUGUUUAGCAGACGUUUUGAAGUGACGUGUUCAAAACAGUGUUAAUUAUACUCUUUUCAUUAUCGUAAUGAUAGAAUUGCAGUAUCGUGUAUCAGUUUGGUUGCUAUGAGACGUCUCUGACAAUCAAUGUACCCCUCAAAAUCACAACGUAAACGAUCCCAAAAUUUAAAAAUAAGCUCCCACUUUAACACGUGUGUUUAGUUCAGGUAAUUGUCACUAAAUUUCGAAUUAAGUGAAAGUCACAUCAUGCAUGAUCGCCAUUGAUCAUCGUUUUCAUGAUCGAUCAUUGCUGCCACGUUCGAGUACUCGUGCCCAUCCCUAGAAUAGAAUGCCAUCAGAUCAUGUUUUGUCCUAAAUUAUGUUCACUUUUUGUGGCCUCAUUCUGUAGGUGCAAAACAAUGAUGCUGUUUUCAUUCAGAUGUGUUCAUUAAUGGUUGUUUUUUUGUUUUAUUUAUUAAGUUGUGUAAUCUGGGCAUGUUGAGAUUGCUAUGACCUAAUGCUGCAGGUUAUAUCCUUAUUUAAAUUGUCAAUGUUUUUAAGAAUAAAAAAAAGAAAAACAAUGCAUACUCCUUGCAAGGCAGUAGUAUCAAUAGACCAGUAUUAAAGUAGCAACCUGAGUUUUUGCAUGUCCUUUAAGAAAAACAGGAAAGAGUGCUCACCAUGUAAACUACACUGUCCUGUUUCUCAGGGGUUUUGUAUUUCUCUUGAAAUGGGACCAUUAUUUUUGCCAACUGGUGUAACCUCUUAGUGGUUUGAAAUGUUUCUGCUCUAGCCCACUGCUGGGUCCUGACUUGCCUUAACCAUCUAGGAAAGCAAUAUUACCUUAAUGAUGAUGGUGCACCAUUUUUUUCAGCUCUAAAUCACAAUUAUUACAAAAUGUUUUAACAUUUGCAAACCAUUCACCAGUAUGGAAAUUAUAAUAUUUACAUAGCGAAAAUAAUUCAAAUAAUUGCAAAAUUAAAAUGUUGCAUACGAAUAAA